CCUGAUCACUGCGCUUGCUCAUAAAAACACACCAACACACUCCAACACGGCGUGUAACAUAAAUUUGCCUCCUCUAAAGAUAUCAAUUAAAUAAAUAAUUUAACAAUGAACUCUCUGAGAUCAAUUGCACGAUGCAAAGUUACAUUCCGACAAUUUCAUACAUGUUUCAGAUAUUGUCAAGAAGCAGUAGCGGCUUCAGCUCCAAAAUUGACAAUUCCUGUACCUGAAGGAGCCGAUCCAGCCCUGAGCCCUAAGAUUGAAAAACUUGUCCAAGAAAUUACAGCUUUGAAUUUAAUAGAAGUGUCACAAUUAAGCGACGUCCUGAAAAGACGACUUAAUCUUCCUGAUGCGCCUGUUAUGGCCGUUGGUAGCGUCGCAGCUCCCAAAGCUGAGGAAGAAGAAGCAGCACCUCAAAGAGUCCAAACGUCGUUUACCGUAAAGUUAGUUAAAUUCAAUGACAAACAGAAGGUUGCGUUGAUAAAGGAAAUUAAGACUCUGAUGCCUGAAAUGAAUCUUGUUCAGGCUAAGAAAUUCGUAGAGUCAGUUCCAACAGUUGUCAAAGCUGACAUCUCCAAGGAGGAAGCUGACAAAUUAAAAGAAGCCAUUGAAAAAGUUGGAGGAGAAGUAGAAGUUGCAUAAAUUUUAUAUUGAUGAAUUUUUUUAUCAUUUAUCAUCCUUUAUUAUUAGUUUUAUAAUAAAUAUUAAUAUCAA